GGCGGUCCAGCGGCGCCCUAGAUGGCGCAUAAAACCGCUGGCCACCUGCGGGACCGCUCCUCCGUGUGCCGCUGUCCGAGGCCCGUGGUGUCGCUGCGGCCCACGUCCCCAGAGUCGCCGCUUCUGUCACCUCUGCCCCCGACCCCGUCCCCUCCAGGCGCGGAGCCGGAGCGCCGCGUGGGCACCAGGGCGCGCUGACAUGGGCGGGUGCGCCAGAGCGCGCUGGGCGACCGCGGCGCUGGGCUUCCUCGGGCUGCUGUGCGCGGUGCUGGGCGCCGUCAUGAUCAUCUCGGUGCCCUCCAUCAUCAGGCAGCAGGUCUACAAGAAUGUGCGCAUCGACCCCAGUAGCCUGUCCUUCAACAUGUGGAAGGAAAUCCCCAUCCCCUUCUACCUCUCCAUUUACUUCUUCGACAUCGUCAACUCCCAAGAGAUCCUCCGGGGCCAGAAGCCGCAGGUGCGGGAGCGCGGGCCCUACGUGUACAGGGAAUACCGGCGCAAAACCAACAUCACCUUCAAUGACAAUGACACCGUGUCCUUCCUCGAGUACCGCACCUUUGAGUUCCAGCCCGACAAGUCCAGCGGCUUGGAGAGCGACUACAUCAUCAUGCCCAACAUUCUGGUCCUGAGUGCAGCAAUGCUGAUGGAGAACAAGCCUAUGUCCCUGAAGGUGUUCUUGACCUUGGCGUUCACUACCUUUGGCCAGCACGCCUUCAUGAACCGCACUGUGGGCGAGAUCAUGUGGGGCUAUGAUGACCCCAUCCUAAACAUCAUCCACAAAUACUUCCCAGACAAGUUCCCCAUGAAGGGCAAGUUCGGGCUAUUUGCUGAGCUCAACAACUCCAACUCCGGGCUCUUCACCGUGUUCACGGGGAUCAGCAACUUCAGCCGGAUCCACCUCGUGGACAAGUGGAACGGGCUGAGCAAGGUCAGCUUCUGGCACUCAGACCAGUGCAACAUGAUCAACGGGACCUCCGGGCAGCUGUGGGCACCGUUCAUGACGCCCCAGUCCUCCCUGGAAUUCUACAGCCCCGAGGCCUGCAGGUCCAUGAAGCUCAUCUACAAGGAGGCGGGGGAAUUCGAAGGCAUCCCCACCUUUCGCUUCAAGGCCCCCGACACCUUGUUUGCCAACGGGUCCGUGUACCCGCCCAACGAGGGCUUCUGCCCAUGCCGGGAGUCCGGGAUCCAGAACGUCAGCACCUGCAGGUUCAACGCACCCUUGUUUCUCUCCCACCCCCACUUCUACAACGCCGACCCCGUCUUGGCUGAGGCAGUGUUCGGCCUGCACCCCAACGAGAAGGACCACUCCCUAUUCCUGGACAUCCACCCGGUCACGGGAAUCCCCAUGAACUGCUCCGUGAAGCUGCAGCUGAGCCUCUACAUCAAGGCCGUGAAGGGCAUCGGGCAAACCAGGAAUAUCCAGCCUGUGGUCUUGCCGCUGGUGUGGUUUGAGGAGAGAGGGGCCAUGGAGGGCGAGACCCUCCAGAAGUUCUACACACAGCUGGUGCUGAUGCCCAAGUUGCUGCACUACGCCCAGUACGUGCUCCUCGCCCUGGGCUGCCUCCUGCUGCUCGUCCCCGUUGUCUACCAGAUCCGGACCCAAGGUCCCAGAGAGGCCAAGAGCCAGCCGAGCUCUGCCGCUCAGCCAGACCGGCUCCCCAGCCCCUGCACCCCACUUCUUCAGGACUCUCUCAGCGGACAGCCUGCCAGUCCCAAAGUCUGAGCCUCCAGUUGUCACACCCCAACACGUCCGCACCCCGGGUGCACGGGUGCGGCCGACACUCAGGGACAGGUGCUCUGAGGGACUCACGGAGGGGCCGCCAGCAGGACCUGCUCCGGAAGCUCUCCAGUGUCCACACGUGGGCCAGCCCUCAGCCCCUGGGCCACCCCUCCCAGCUCCCUCGCCUACAGCCUGGGGACACUGUGGCCCCGCUCGGUGUCCCCCCGCAGGACAAGCAGCCGCUGUCUGGGAACCCAGCCAGAGUGCGGGCUUCGCGCCAAAGCCAGGUGCACAGCCGGGGCUCAGGGCCCAGCCGGGGUCUCUGCACCCAUCCGGGCCGGGGCACAGCCACACCAGCUCAGAACCAGCACGAGAGACGCCCCGUGCAGCUGCCCGGCUGUGUCCUCACCCCCCAGGACCGUGAUCCUGAGGCUGGGUGUCUGGAGCCCCGUCCCUCCAGCGACACUGACAUCAUGCUGUAUACUGAGCCGGCCACUCCCUGGCUGGGGUGGCGGAGGCUCUGCCCGAGCUGCCCCACGGGGGCCGCGUCUCUUAGGUGCCGGGCCAGGGGGAGACCCGUCCACCUGCGGCUUCUGGUCUCCGGGGCAAGCCUCUGUCU